AUGCUUUCCAAAAUCGUUGCUCUCGGCUUUGCCGGCCUCACCGUUGCCUCAUACGCUCCUCCAGCGUACGAGGCUCCUGCCGCUUCGACCUCCGAGGCCGCUACUCCUCCAACCUACUCCAAAGUGGAGUCCUCCUCCUCGGCCAUGACCACCACCACCGCUGUCGAGACCAGCCCAAUGGUGCCAUCCUCCAGCGUCGACACCACCUGCACCACCUCGACCGCCACCGUGCCCGUGUACCACGCUCCAUCCAGCUCUGCUGCCGUGUCGAGCCCAGUGUCCCCACCGGUUUACCACGCAUCUUCCAGCUCUGCUGUUAUGCCGCCACCAGUUUACCACGCGUCAUCCAGCUCUGCUUCCACCCCUGAGUCGCCAAUCUCGACCUCGACCUCCACUGGCGUCUGGACCACAUACUGCCCAACCCCAACUACUUUCACUCACGGCCCAACUACCUACACUGUUACUUCGGCCACCGUCAUCACCUUGACCGCCACCCACCCAGCAGUGUACACUCCCGUCGAGAGCAAGCCAGUUGAGAGCCACCCGGUCAUGCCAUCCAGCGCUGUUCCUCCCCCAGUUUACCACGUGCCUUCCAGCUCCGCACCAGUGGAGAGCCACCCAAUGAAGCCCACUGCUCCCGUCUACCAGGCACCACCAUCAUCCAUCUGGGCCACCGCUCCUCCAGCUGCUUCCACCCCAGUUUCCCCAAUCCAGCCACCAGUCUACCCCAUCCACAACACCACCAUGGCCACCGUUCCAGCUCCUUCUGGCACUGGUUCCAUGCCAGCUCCUUCCGGCCCUGCCACCUACACUGGCUCUGCCGCCGCUGUCAAGGUUGGUGGCCUUGCCGCGGCCGCUGGUCUCCUCGCUUUCUUCUUGUAA